CGGCGAGGCGGAGGCACCUGCGUGGCGGUGGCGAGCAGUAGGCUGCCCGCGAUGCCAGCUUAGCGGCCAAGCAUGGCGCGGCGUCUGCGGGCCGGCAGGUGCCGGGGCGGGCAGGGCGGCGCUCCCCCGACGGGACGGGCGCUGGCGCUGCUGCUGCCGCUGUGGCUGUGCGCGGCGGGCGGCAGCGCGGCGCCGGUGUAUAACCUCAGCCUGGCCGUGGACGAGGGGCUGCCGGCCGAGACGCUGGUGGGCGACAUCCGCGCGGGGUUGCCACCGGGCGCGGAUCCGCCCGGGGGCUUUUUGCUGUCGGAGGGGAGCGGCGAGUCGGCGGUGCUGGCGGACUUCCACGUCCAACCGGAGACGGGCAUCAUCCGCACGGCGCGGCGGCUGGACCGUGAGCGGCGGGCACGCUACAGCUUCGCGGCGGCCACGCUGCGCGGCGAAGUGGUGCAGGUAGAGAUCGCUGUUACCGACGUGAACGACCACCCGCCGCGCUUCCCGAAGGACAGUCUGCAGCUCAACAUCUCCGAGCUCAGCCCGCCCGGCACCGCUUUCCGCCUGCCGGCUGCCCGCGACCCCGACGCCGGCGCCUUCGGCACGCAGGGCUACGCGCUGCUGGAGGAGGGCGGCGCGGCGGGGGAGCCGCCGCUCUUCCAGCUGCGCUAUGUGCGGCCGGAGCCGCUGGAGCUGGUGCUGCUGCGGCGGCUGGACCGCGAACGGGCGGACGUCCACCGGCUGGUGGUGGAGGCGUGGGACGGCGGCAGCCCGCGGAGACGCGGCCGCCUGCGGGUGUCGGUGCGGGUGCUGGACGAGAACGACAACGCGCCCGCAUUCAGCCGCGGCGAGUACCGGGCGCGGCUGCGGGAGGACGCGCCGCCUGGCACCGCCGUCUGCCGCCUGCGGGCCACCGACCCCGACCUGGGUGCCAACGGCGAGGUGCGGUACGCCAUCAAUCGCCGGCAGAGCGACCCCGACGGCUAUUUCGCGGUGGAGGAGCGCAGCGGCGUCCUGCGCCUCCGCCGCCCGCUGGACCGCGAGGCGCGGGCCCUGCACCGCCUGGUCGUGGAGGCGCGGGACGGCGGCGCCCAGCCCGAGGUCUCCAGCGUCCUCGUCUCCGUGGCCGUGCUGGACGUGAACGACAACCGGCCCUCCAUCCGUCUGCUCUACCUCACCGAGACCGGCGGUCCCCGGGUCUCCGAAGGGGCGCGGCCCGGCGACUACGUGGCCCGAGUCUCCGUCUCGGACGCCGACGAGGGCGGCGACGAGGAGGGCGCGGAGGGCGACGGCGGCGGCAUCGCGCUGGCCCUGCUGGGCGGCGACGGCGCUUUCGCGUUGCGGGCGGCCGGGGCCGGCGUCUUCUUCCUCUGCGUGGCGGGGCCGCUGGACCGAGAGAGCCGCGACCUGUACGAGCUGCGGCUGGUGGCCACGGACGGCGGCACGCCGCCGCUCUCCGCCGAGGAGCCGCUGCUGCUGCGCGUCGCCGACCUCAACGACGAGACGCCCGCGUUCCCGCAGCCCCACUACCGCGCCGCCGUCUCGGAGGCCGCCUCCCCCGGCACCGCCGUGCUCCGCCUCAGCGCCUCCGACGCCGACGAGCCGGGCUCGCCCAACGCCGAGGUGCGGUACGCGCUGGAGGGCGACGCGGCCGCCCUGGCCCUGCUGCGCAUCGACGCGCGGAGCGGCGCCGUCAGCACCCGCGCGCGCCUGGACCGGGAGCGGCAGGCGGCGCUGGAGCUGCGCGUGGUGGCGCGGGACGGCGGCGUCCCGCCGCGCGCCGCCGCGUGCCGCCUCAGCGUGCGCGUGGAGGACGCCAACGACAACGAGCCGCGCUUCGCGCGCGCCGUGUACCGCGCGCGCCUGCCCGAGCACGCCGCGCGCGGCCGCCGCCUCCUCCAGGUCAAAGCAACAGAUGCAGAUGCUGACCAGUUUGGAGAAAUUGAGUAUUCACUUUAUGAUGGAUUUAAUUUUUAUGAAAAAUCCAAAGCUUUCCAGAUUGACCCACACACUGGUCAGAUCUUUGUGUCUCAAGACAUUGACAGAGAAGGAGAUCCAACCACUUAUGAUCUUUUAGUAAAAGCUACAGAUGGGGGUGGUCUGAGUGCCCAAGCUUUUGUUCGCAUCGAGAUAGAAGAUAUUAAUGACAAUCAACCUGUUUUUGAACAAGACAUCUAUGUGACAAGUAUCAGCAGCCACACACAGCCAGGAACAGAAAUCAUCAAUGUUGUGGCCACAGACAGAGAUUCAGGAAUAUUUGGCAUUGUCACAUAUGAGCUGGUCCCAGGAGAAUUUUCUUCUUUUUUCACAGUGGAUACAUCCACAGGAAUUAUUUACCUGACCUCAGCUCUUGGCCACCUGGCACAUUCUGCACUCUUCCUGACCGUUUCUGCACGGGAUGGGGGUGGCCUUCCCUCUGCCAGCAAUGCAGCUGUCACAGUAAACGUCCUUCAGACUGUCUUGGUCCCUGCCAUAUUUGAGAGAUCUCGGUAUAGCUUUUCUGUUCCAGAAGAUGCACCUGAAGACAGUAUGAUUGGCACCGUAAAGGCCAGAGAGCCUCCAAAUUCACUAGAAGUGGUUUCUUACAGAAUUUGCUCUGGUGAUCCACAUGGGAAGUUCUCUAUCGACCCCCAGUUUGGCAUUAUCCGCACCAAGAAACAGCUUGACCACGAAGCUCAGUCUGUUGUGGUGCUCACUGUUCAGUCACAGCUGGGUGACUCCCCUGUCUACAGCAGCACUCAAGUCAACAUAUCUGUGACAGACAUCAAUGACAACCCUCCUGUGUUUCUUACCAAAUCUGAUAAGGUAACAAUCUCACAUACCCAGCCUCCUGGCACUGCUGUCUACAUUGCUCAUGCAGAAGACAAAGACAGUGGCCUAAAUGGGGCAAUCAAAUACAGUAUUGCAAGCACGCAGUCAGAUGCAUUUAGCAUUGAUCCAAGUCUCGGAGUGAUAAACCUUACCAGGACAGUGUUGGCAGAAAAGCAGCAGGAAUACACUCUACACAUAGCAGCUGAAGACUGUGGAAGUCCUCCUCUGACUUCUUUGCUGAUGUUGACAGUGGUUAUUGAAGAGCAGAAGAUGGGCCCUACUUUGGUUUUCCAAAGCCUGGUGUAUCAAGUAGAAGUCGGUGAAGCUACCUCUCCAGGUGCCCAAAUCCUUCAGGUUCAAGCACACUCACUUGAUCCACACAGCGUUACCUCCAAUCUGACGUAUUCCUUAGAGCCUAGCACUGAUUCUGUUGCAUUUGGAAUCAGCUCUGAUACUGGCUGGAUUUAUCUUCGGAAACAUUUGAAUUAUGAAUGCACACAGAUGCUGAGUUUUAGAGCCUUGGUCAGCACAUCUGAGGAUGAAAACCUCAGGCAAAAUGCAAGUGCAUCUAUAAUAGUUAAUGUCCUGGAUGAAAAUGAUCAUUCUCCCAUGUUUAUGCAUGAGAGCUACUUCUUUGAAGUUGAAGAAAAUCCGAUUCCCAGUGGUGUGGUUGGCACCAUUACAGCUGUUGACAAAGACUCAGGAAGAAAUGGACAGCUUUCCUAUUUCCUCUUGUCUGAUGGAAAGUAUUUCAAGAUUAAUUCCAACACAGGUGAAAUCAUAAACUGGGCGGCGCUGGACCGUGAGGAGCGGGCCCACCACGAGCUGCAGGUGCUGGCGACGGACGCGGGGCGGCCUCGGCGCAGCGCCACGGCCGCCGUGCACAUCUCUGUGCGUGACCGCAACGACCACGCGCCGCGCUUCCCGCAGGAGGCGCUGCGCCGACAGGUUUUGGAAGGGCAGCCAUCAGGGACACUUGUUGCCACCAUCUUUGCAAAAGACUUUGAUUCUGGAAACAACGGUGUUGUGUUAUAUUCAAUAGAAUCAGAGGAUAUAGGAUACUUCCAGAUUGAUGCUGUCAGUGGAGAGUUAAGAACAACCCGGCCUCUGUCACAUGCUGAGAGAUCUGACUACAGAAUGACGGUGAUAGCCAAGGACCAGGGGAUGCCUUCGCUUCAAGGACGUGCUGCUGUUUACAUCCAGGUGAUCCCACUUCCCAAUGGGAGAUCUGGCUUUUCUCAGGACUUCAGGCACUUUGUCGUACCUGAAAAUUUUAAACCUGCACAAGUGUUGGAUUCUCUGAAGGUGCCAAGUAACCAUGUAGCACUCAACAGGAAACUACAUUUCAGUAUUGCUAAAGAUGAUAAUGUUCAUUUUGAAAUAAACAGCUUAACAGGAGACCUUUAUCUUUCUAAGGAGCUUGACUAUGAAACAGAUUCACACUUUCUUUUGCAAGUUAUUAUAAAGGAUUAUAAUAAUCCCCCACAAAAUAGCACUGUCUUCCUAAGUAUUGAUGUAGAAGAUAAGAAUGAUCAUUCUCCACAUUUUCAAGAUGACUUUGUAGUGAUUGGCAUAGAAGAAAAUGUACCCGUUGGCACUCUGGUGUACACAUUCAAUGCAAAGGAUGAAGAUGGCAGUUUUCUGAACAGCAAAAUAGAGUAUUCCUUAGAAAUAAGUAACACAGGUGAAAAUCCAUUUCUUAUUGACCCUUUGUAUGGCGCCUUGACCACAGCUUCUCCACUGGACAGGGAGAUUACUCGUUCUGUGAUCUUGACGGUGUUUGCAGAAGACCAGGCAAUAAAUCUGACUGAUCGUCGGCUGGAUUCCCUGGCUGUCAAAAUUGUUAUUUUAGAUAUCAAUGACAACAGCCCCAGUUUUAUGUCUUCGCCUCUUUCCUAUGUCAUGGAGGAUGUGGAGGUGGGCUUCCUUGUACACCACAUAAUUGCAAAGGAUCCUGAUGAGGGAAGAAAUGGACAAGUUACAUAUCACAUUCUUUCAGGCAAUGAAAACAAAGCAUUUGUACUGGAUAAAAUCACAGGACUCUUAACUACAGCCCAGUUUCUAGACCGUGAGGUUCAGGAGCGCUACAGUUUGACAGUCAUAGCUCUUGAUGAUGGCAGCCCAGCUCUCUCUGCCACACAAAUUCUAACCAUCAUUGUUCUUGAUGUGAAUGAUGAGACCCCGGGAUUUCUGAAGCAACUUUAUGAGACUGCAGUUCAUGAAAACCGAGAUCCAGGGGAGUUUGUCAUAAGAGUGGAGGCUGUGGACCGAGAUGCAGGGCUGAAUUCCUUGCUUCAGUAUGAAAUCUUACCAGGAGCUGGUUAUGAGAAAUUCAAGAUGAAUUCGGACAGUGGAGAACUUGUAACAGCUGCAUCACUGGACAGGGAAACCCAGGAGGUUUUCAGUAUUAAAGUUUUGGUUCGGGACAGUGGAACUCCAUCGCUGUCAAGCACAGUGACAGUAAUCUGCACAGUGCUGGAUGAAAAUGAUCACUCUCCCACAUUUCUUCUUCCUUCCUCUGAGAUCUUUAUUCCAGAGAACCAACAGCUUUCUGUUGUCUACAUUGUCCGGGCUGUAGAUAUGGAUGCUGGCAAUAAUGGAGCUCUAAGAUACAAAAUAAUUGGUGGAAAUGUUGGAGAAUACUUCACACUAAAUAACACAUCAGGCAAGCUGCUGAUCACUCGUAGCUUAGACAGAGAAGACAUCAGCAAUUUCACUCUUGUAAUUGCGUGCCAUGACCUAGGCAGUCCCUCGAGAAGCUCCACUGCACAGCUCUAUCUAACAGUCUUGGAUGAAAAUGACCACAGCCCAUUGUUUGUGAAGACCCAGUAUCAAAUCUCUGUGACAGAAGACCUGGAGGAAGGCUCAGCCAUCCUGGACCUCUCUGCUUCUGAUGAAGAUGCUGGCCUCAAUGGUGAAAUUAUGUACUCCCUCAUUGAUGACACCUAUGGAGCAUUUGCCAUCAAUAGUGUCACGGGAUCCAUCAUUACUACAAAGGCACUGGACAGGGAGACCAAGUCACAGUACACUUUUAGGGCUGUGGCAAGUGAUUGUAGCACCCAUUUUCCAAGGAGCACCACUGUCAGUGUUGUGGUGCACAUUGAUGAUGUCAAUGACAACGAUCCUGUUUUUUUGCAGAAUCCUAUCAGGGUCUUUGUGCCUGCUGAAACUGCUGUGAAUGAGACAGUAACCACUGUGAGAGCAGAGGAUGUGGAUCUGGGAUCAAAUGGAGCUAUUGUUUUUAAUUUGAUGAUGGCAGAAACUGUAUUUCAAAUCAAUGUGAAGACAGGUGACAUCAUUCUUCGGGAGCCCUUGGCUUCCAAGGCCUUCAGUACCCAGCUGCUAGUGACAGCUUCAGAUCAAGGCAUCACACCUCGAACAGCCACAGCUGUGGUCAUUAUCUUUACAGAAGAGCAAGAGGAGGUGAUCUCAUUCAGCCACAGCCUGUACGAAGCAAGUGUGCCUGAAAACAGUGCAGCAGGUACAUCACUUCUAACAGUAGAAGCCUAUGAACACAAAUUUACAGGAGAAGACAUAAAAUACAGUAUCUUCAUUGGGUCAAACCAAUCAGUGGUCAGUUUGUUUUUUUUUUUUUCUUGUAAUAAACCAGGCACAAUCACAGUAAAAGAGCCAAAGUACCUUGAUUAUGAACAUAAGUGUAAAAUACAUCUUACAGUUGUGGCUGAAAAUAGCUUCAAUUCAGUGUUCUGUGGAGUGACAGUUUUGAUUCAAGAUGUGAAUGACAAUGCACCUAAAUUUGAGCAAAGCUAUUACAAAGCAUCAAUAUGGGAAGGCCAGAGUCCUAAAACAGACAUCAUACAGGUAUUUGCAACUGACCUUGACAGUGGGCUGAAUGGAGAAACUGAAUACUCAAUUGUAUCUGGUAAUGAAAAUGCAGCAUUUUUGAUUGAUUCAGCACGAGGAAUUCUAGCAACUAAUAUGGGCCUAGAUUAUGAAAAUACUUCAUCUUACAGGUUGGUUGUACAAGCUGCUGAUAAAGGAAACCCCAGACUCUCUGCUACAGCUGUUGUGAGGAUACAAGUGUUAGAUGUUAAUGACAAUGUUCCAGUUGUCCAACCACUAGGUGAAGUGGAGGUCCCAGAAAAUACCCUGCCUGGUUUUAUAGUGACUCAAGUGUCAGCAAGUGAUGCAGACUCCAGGCCAGCACUUCAGUUUGGGUUUAUUUAUGAUAAUAGUCCUGAAAUGAAAUUUGCCAUCGAUCAACACACUGGUGUCAUCAUAGUGGUGGAACCAUUAGAUUUUGAAGAAACUGCUGUGUAUACACUACAUAUCAUAGUUUCAGAUUCUGUGCAUCAAAUAGAAGCAGAACUCACCAUCCUUGUUUUGGACAUCAAUGAUAACCCUCCAGUGUUUACUCAAGAUUUUUAUCAGGUGAACUUGCCAGAGCUCAUUUCUAUGGAUGCCACUGUUCUGACGCUCUCUGCCAUAGAUAGGGAUUCUGAACACAAUGGAAUGAUUUCCUAUAAAAUCCUCUCUUCCUUUGAGGGAUUUUCCAUUGAUCACAAGAAUGGUUCACUGUUUGCCAUGGAACCAGUUAUGCAGCUGAAAAAUAUUUCCAUUAUUCAUCUCCUGAUAGAAGCUACAGAUGGUGGCAGUCCCCCCCUGAGUGCAGUUACCUCCAUAGAGGUGCAUGUAGAAGAUGUCAAUAAUUGUGCCCCUCGCUUCACAAAGGUUCUGUACAAUCUCAGUGUGAGUGAGGAUGCCUCGGUUGGAGAAAGUGUCCUUCUGUUCUCAGCCAUCGACUGUGAUUGGACGCAUGACAACACGUUUGUUGAAUACUCUGUUAUUGGUGGCAAUGCUGAGAAUUUAUUCUCCAUAGAAACAAGCGUUGUGGAGUCGGAAACAUCCUACAAACUUGUCGGCAGUCUCGUUUUGAGCAGUGCUCUUGACAGGGAAACAGCUGCUUCUCACCAGUUGGUUCUCCUUGUCUCUGAUCAUGGAACACCCUCCUUGAAUUCAACUGCUACAGUGCUAAUAACUGUGCUGGAUGUUAAUGAUAACCCUCCAGUAUUUAGCAGCCCAGAGUAUCAUGUUCAUGUCAAAGAAAGCAUCCCCAUAGGCAGUCACAUCACUGAAGUUUCAGCAAAAGACUGUGAUGCAGGCACUAACGCAGAGAUCACUUAUGCUAUCAUCUCUGGAAAUGACAGAGGGCAUUUUGGCUUGGAUGGUAGAACAGGAUAUGUAAAUUUGAUGAAACUGCUGGAUUAUGAGGAUACCAUGAAAUUCACUUUGGUUAUCCAAGCCACAGAUGGAGGAACUGAUGUAAAAAAUAUGGCUUUUGCUGUUAUUCUUGUUAGUGUCCUAGAUGACAAUGAUUAUGCCCCGCUUUUUUUGUUUCCCAGUCUGAGCUGCACUGUCAGUGAAAAUCUGCCUACCUUUUCUUUUGUGUGUACUGUUUGUGCAUUGGAUUUUGAUAAAGGCUCCUAUGGGCACCUUACCUAUUCCAUUCAGUCUUCAUGUUUGGCUCAUCGUGAAGCUGCUAGAGACCAUGACAUGUUCUCCAUUGAUCCUUUAACAGGAGAUAUUCAUACAAAGCAAAUGUUUGACUAUGAAAGUCAAAAUAGGUACUGUCUCAUAAUCCAAGCAAAAGACAAAGGUGAUUCAAUGGCUACCACUACAGUUCAGGUAGAUAUUGAGGGGAGAGAUGAAUUUGACCCAGUGUUUACACAAGAACAUUAUUUCUUUGAUCUCCCUGAUAAGAAUGAAGCAGGCCAGUUGAUUGGUAGAGUGACAGCAUCAGACAGUGAUGGUGGACUGGAUGGAGUUGUUCAUUACUCCCUUCUAAAACCUUCUCCAUUCUUUUCUGUGAAUCAAACCAGUGGCAAUAUUUAUUUGACUCAGACUGUUCACAGAAGGAAGAAUGACAUCAAAAGGAAUGAUGAUACUCUGAAAUUGUUGGUAAGAGCUCAUAGCCCCAAAAUUGUGUCAAGGUUCACAGCGUGCACUGUUUUUGUAAAUGUUUCCAAUUCUCCUGAGAGUGAUCCCACUGUGUCAGCACACAGCCUGACAGUGAGUAUUUCCAUCUCACUGAUGGUGUUUCUGCUGCUUGCCAUCAGUCUUAUCACACUUACUCUGAGACUUAAGCAGAAAGAUCUGAUGAAUGUUUGUGUGAAAAAAACCCCAGUAUCCUCCUCAGCUGCUGAUGUGAAUUCAAUAAGAGAAGACAAGGACUGCCAGAAAAUCCAAAGUACUGAGAGCAGUAUGCUUCCCAUGGGUGCUAUAGCAAAAUGGCUGAGCCUAGCUGGACUCGGAGAGGGGAAAGAUGAUGAUGUCUCCUGCAGGCAUUCAGACUCCAGUGGCCAUGGUUCUGCUGAAGGUGAGUCUGCAGAGGAUGAGGAAAUCAAACGGAUCUACGAGUAUCCUUGCAGAAAAAGCAUUGGCUCAGCACUGAGCAAGCACGGCUCGCAGAUGCCAGAUUCGGGGAUCCCAAGAGAGUCUGAUCAGUUCUCCUAUCAUUCUGGAGAAACAGAUGUCACAGCUACCAUGCAAAGCAUAGAGAAUAUGCAGACCAUUAAAGGAGAAAGCAGAGAAGAAGCCUGUGGCACAGCCUAUGCACAUAAAAUCUUGUCUCAAACACUUAGGAAAAUUGGAAUAAAGGAGGAAGGCAUAAUGACAGACCUCACAAGAGACUAUGUCCUGAUGUCAGACAGGAAAGACUCUGGGUAUGAUUUGCUUGCAACUGUUGGCACCUCAGAUGAGGAUCUCAGAGGUGGUUAUAACUGGGAUUUUGUGCUUAGCUGUGAACCCAGAUUUCAACCUCUUGCCUCGGUGUUUAAUGAUAUUGCAGAACUGAAAGAUGAAAAUGUUCACAUUCACAGCUUCUCUAAGGAGAAGAAAUCUCUUGUUUUCCCUCCUCCCUUGAUAACAUCAGUAGCACAGCCUGGCAUAAGGACAGUGCCCCCAAGAAUGCCAAAUAUAACAUCAGGGCAAGCUUUUAAUAAAGACUCUUAUUCUCCCAUUAUCCAUAAUCACGGAUACCCUCCACUAACCAUGACCCCCAGAUUUUCUCCUAUUCUGUCUUUACUUACCGUGCAGACACCUUCUGCUUCUCCAAUAGUGUCUGAUGGCAAAAUGAUAGGAACAUGUCUUAUUGAUCCAAGCUACGAACUUGCAACAGAGGAAGAAAUUCAGGUCUAGGUUAUUAACUGGCAAUAUUUUAUGGUAAAAAAUAUGGCUUAAAAUGUAUUUUGUUACUUUUUAACAGCAAAAUAUGCCUGUCAGAGCUGCAUCACCAGUAUUCUUUCUGUUUUCAUGAGCCUAAAAAGUUAAAAUAUAAAGCAGUCAGAAAUUUGGUAACUAUACCUCUUGUUCUUCCCAGAAUACACUGUGAGAAUACACUUCUCUUUCAACUCACAAGUAUGGUUUCCUAUGUAAAACACACAGCCAAGUGCCUGAUAACCAAUUUGGCCAAUUUUACCAUUUUUCUUAUAAAGUACAUUAAUAACAAAUGAAUGGAAGUAAUUCUUUAUUGUGGAAAACAUUUGUUAGCAUACUGGUGGGUUCUGACUGAUUCUGUGGUGGGGUUAGAGGAGAGUACUGGAGGGAUGUGUAAGUACAGUAGAUGUGGGGGUGGGCAAAGGAUAAAACAAGGACUCCUACUGAGCUCUUUCUCUAGUGUUUACCCGGGUUUCCCACAUCUCAACCUCUGGGUCCCAAAGAUCUGUUUGGCCUGGUGUGGUUUCAUCAUCUGCAAUGGCUCCUCAGUGGGCUUUCUUGGCUAUCUUUGUGCUGUGGAACCCACUCAGCAGGUUCUGUGCACCUUUUGUUUAUCUCCUGGUUUAAAGCCAGCAAGUCACAAUAAUUUGAAUAAUGGAUCACCUUUGGAAAACAGAAUAACCAGUAGUAAGAUAAAAGCAACCAUUUUCUCUCUUACUAGAUCUCAAGUAGAUACCUAUUGUCUUUUUGUCAUAUUACAGAGGGUGCCCUGGGGCUCAGGCAGCUGUAAGAACAGUUGUUACAGUUCUGUAUGCCUUCACCCUGGUCUUUGGUUCUGUGCUGAACCAAAGAUCUAUGUAAGACCAGCUAAUCUGGCCUUGUUUGUUGUAUGUAUCAUACACAUGGCAUUUUGUGUACGUAUGUAUAUCCAGACACAUACACAUGCUGUAUAUGCUUGUAUAUUGAUCAAUAAAAUACACAGA